AUGAGGGCAUCUAGUUUGAAUAAAUCGAGUUUAUUCAAAGUUAGGAAGUAUAUUGCUCAGCACACAUGUUCUGUUAGAGAAAAAGUUUAUGCCAGACGUCAAGGGAUAACUGACAUUGUAGUUGUCUUGAUAAUGGAGAAGUAUAUUGAUCCAUCUAAGGUAUAUAUUCCAAAAGAUAUAGCUGAUGAUACGUUGAAAUUGCAUGGCGUUUCGUUGACAUACAUACAGGCAUGGAGAGCUAAAGAAAAAGCAGUAAAGUUGGUGCGAGGAGAUCCAGCAGAAUGUUAUGCAAGAUUACCUGGUUAUUUUUACAUUUUGGAGCAAACAUAUCCAAGAUCAGUUUUGAAAAUAAAAAGGAAUGAAGGUGAUACAUUUUUAUAUGCAUUUGUUGCUUUAGAAUCUUGUAUUAGGGGUUGGGAAUAUUGUAGGCCAAUUGUAGUUGUUGAUGGUGUGACAUUAAAAUGUUCAUAUGGUGGUACAAUGUUAACUGCAAGCACAUUGGAUCCGGGAGGUCAUAUACUUCCGUUGGCGUAUGCGAUAUUUAGAGAAGCAUAUGGAGUUAGACAAAAUAUGUGUUUUAUGUCAGACAGAAAUGAAAGCAUAUGGAAAGGGACAACAAAUGUAUAUCCCGAAUCAGAACAUUAUGAAUGCAUAUGGCAUUUAUCAGUCAAUGUGUUGAAGAAUUUCAAUAGAAAUACUGAAGAUUUGAAGAUUUUGUUCUUUUCAUUGGCAAAAGCUUAUACAAAACAACAGUUUGAGACAAUUAUGGGAAGAAUAGAUCAGAUAGAUAUGCAAAUACGACCAUACUUGUUUGAUAUUGGUUAUAGCAAAUGGUCAAGAGCUUACUCAAAUUGUAAGCGCACAUGGACCAUGACUUCAAACAUCGCGGAGUCAUUGAAUAAUGUUAACAGAUUAGCACGGAGGUUACCGGUGAUUUCACUUCUUGAGUUUAUAAGGGUGAUACCUUCAACUGUUGAUCUGCAUGUUGUAGCUGAAGGAGCAAAGAAAUACAUAGUAAAUUUAAACACAAGGAUGUGUAGUUGCAGAAGAUUUCAACAUUAUGAGAUACCGUGUGGUCAUGCAAUUGCUGUUCUCCGGUACAGGAAGUUACAUGAAGCAGGUUUCUGUUAUGCUUUUUAUAGCCUCAAGAAUUUAAAAGAUGUUUAUGCCAUUCCUGUCGAGCCUAUCCCGUGCGAGAGUACAUGGGAUAUACCAAGUUAUAUUUCAGAUCCUAAAAUGAUGUCGCCUGGUCCAAAAAGAUCAGCGGGAAGACCCAUAUUUGAACGAUGGAAGGGGUUCGCAGAUGUGAAAUUCAAGAGGACAAAAAACACAUGCAGUAGAUGCCAUCAGGUUGGACACAAUAGGAAGAUAUGUUCAAAUUAUCCUGUACAAAAAUAA